AUGGAGACCGUAAACGUCAAAGUCGAUACAAGUAUCCUGAAUCUCGUAAAAAUAGUCUGCCCGUCAGCUGAAGAAUUGAGUGUAAUUAUAAAUAAUGUGAGGUGCAAUCAGUGUGGGCUCGUAUUUCAGAAUGAGUCCCGAUUUCGUCUUCAUGACUUGAAAGUACACCAGCGUAAAAAUUUAGAUAAAAUAGCCAAGGAGUCUAUCAAGUAUCACUGUCCCGAGGUAUCUUGUAUUUAUUCUACUACUUCUCAACGAUACUUUACAACGAUGAAGUACUUAAAACAGCAUUACCUGAAAGUUCAUGCUGCUAAAACAUUCUCGUGUACGCAGUGUGAUAAAAGUUUUUCAACAGAAGCUGCUAAAGUCGCGCACAUCAGAGUCUGCGGUCUGGAGUUUACCUGCAGUUGUUUUAAAAAUUUUUCUACUUACGAGGCACUUUUAACUCAUGCUAAAAGACAAUCUCAUUCUUUUGAUGAGAAGUAUAAAAAUUUGCUCAGGAGAGCUUCCACAAAGAAUCUUCCAGUGGUACAAAUCUGUAAAGUACAGAAAAAGUUGCCAGUAUUUAUUCGUCCGUAUCAAGAAAGUAAUCACAGAGCCCAGGAAUCAAAAGUAAUAAAAGACACAAGAGACAUGGCAAUUCAGACUGAUGAUUUGAAGAAAGUCCGACGAAUUUUAAGCCCUUCAAAGUCUAACAAACGCCGAGAGUCUCGUCAGACACAGACUAAUUGUUUGCUCAAGGAAAAACGCAGUAGAAAGACUGUAGAGACUCAAACUUCAGUUGGAAGUGUCAAAGAGCUCAAAAAAUUAAGCAUUAAUAAGAAGCAAAAUCUUCCUAAGAAAGAGUUGCAACUCAACAAUAAUAAUAAUAAUAAUAAUAAUAAUAAUAAUAAUAAUAAUAAUAAGAAUUGUAAUAGUAAUAAUAAUGAUAAUAAUGAAGGGACAUUUAGCAGUGAUUUAUUCUCCGACUCCCUGCCGUUGGACGGAAUGCAGGAGUUAUGGCCAGUAAGAAGUCCCGAGUCGAAGGUAGAGAAGAACAUAAUUGAUGAUUUAUACGACAACGUCACCCAGACAGACAUCCUGCCGUUCUACCAAGAGGACAGCAUCACCCAGCUUAACUCCAAGAACUCGCUGUUCUCAGCGACAAGGAUCUCAAGGUCAGACCCGAUGCUCACGGAAGAAAUCAAUGAUAAAUUCAGCAGUAUUGAGACCCAGACUGACCGCCCGUACCUGGACUCUAUCUUCGACCCCGAGCCGAACUACUCGAGGCCCUACGCCGUCAGCUCGAACAAUGAGACUCAAACUACUCAGGAGUUCGACGACAUGAAGAGUCUUCUUUACAGUAAUAUGUGCACGCAAACGUGUUACGAUGUUUUGCACCCCGACCUGGGGCUCUCCGACACCCAGACUCAGACUGCCUGGUCCGAGGAGCUAGAUGUCGAGUCUUCCGGUCACGAUAAAUCCUCCAUUAUCGCUUGUCGUUCCUGGCUCAGCACACAAACUAGUCAUACUGAAACUCAAACAGAUCUUCUUAAUAUAUUUGAUGAGUUACAAUAA